CUGUGAGAAGCUCAAGACUCGGAACUCGGAGCUUUGGACGAGUAUCGUGACAGCCGUGGAAAUGUCUGCAAGUUUAAGAUUUUAAUCAUGCUGAGGAAAACAAACCCCAAGAUCACAAUUAUCCGGCUGGCGGCCGAGGCGCUGGGGUUGAUGUUAUAGACGACAGAGCAGAGACACAGAGCCCAGAGGACGCCAGGCCAGCGCUACUCCACCAUCCUUCCCUUCCUUUAGCCUGGUGUAGGACAGCCACAGCUUCAGUAGAGGAAAAGGAACGCAGACACACACCCAGAAACCUCUCCUCACCUAGCAGAGCCCAACAUGACCUCCCACCCCACCCCACCCCUGGGAGGCCCUCUUCUUCCCUUCCUCCUCCUGCUGUCGGGGGUGUUCGCCACCACCCCCAGCGACCUCAGGUCCUUCUCCCCUCCAGAGGGGGGGCUCACACACCUGGUGGUCCACAACAAGACAGGUGAGGUGUAUCUGGGAGCCGUCAACUGGAUCUUCAAGCUGUCCAGCAACCUGACCAAGCUGCGUAGCCACGUUACAGGCCCUGUGGUGGACAACGAGAAGUGUUAUCCCCCUCCUGGGGUCCAGUCCUGCCCCCACGAGCUGACCCAGAUCAGCAACGUCAACAAGCUACUGCUGCUGGACUACGGUCAGAACCGCCUGAUCGCCUGCGGCAGCACCUCCCAGGGAAUCUGCCAGUUCCUCAGGCUGGACGACCUGUUCAAGUUGGGUGAGCCCCACCACCGUAAGGAGCACUACCUGUCCAGCGUGGCCGAGGCUGGCACCAUGUCUGGGGUGGUCAUUGGUGGAGAUGCGGCCGGAAGCGGAGGAGAGGCCGGCAAGCUGUUUGUGGGCACGCCCAUCGACGGCAAGUCGGAGUACUUCCCCACGCUCUCCAGCCGCAAGCUGAUGGACAACGAGGAGAAUGCCGACAUGUUCAGCUUCGUCUACCAGGAUGAGUUUGUCUCCUCGCAGCUCAAGAUCCCCUCGGACACGCUCUCCAAGUUCCCCGCCUUCGACAUCUACUACAUCUACGGCUUCAGCAGCGAGCAGUUUGUCUACUAUCUGACCCUGCAGCUGGAUACCCAGCUCACCUCGCCCGACGCCAGCGGGGAGCAGUUCUUCACCUCUAAGAUCGUCCGUCUCUGCGUGGACGACCCCAAGUUCUACUCCUACGUGGAGUUCCCCAUCGGCUGCACCAAGGACGGGGUGGAGUAUCGUCUGGUGCAGGACGCCUACCUCAGCCGACCCGGGACCAAGCUGGCGCGCUCACUGGGCAUCUCAGAGCAGGAGGAGGUGCUGUUCACGGUGUUUGCCCAGGGCCAGAAGAACCGGGCCAAGCCCCCCAAGGAGUCAGCCCUGUGCCUGUUCACCCUGCGCCGCAUCAAGGAGAAGAUCAAGGAGCGCAUCCAGUCCUGCUAUAGAGGAGAGGGGAAACUGUCACUUCCCUGGCUGCUCAACAAGGAACUAGCCUGCAUCAACUCACCACUCCAAAUAGACGAUAACUUCUGUGGGCAGGACUUCAACCAGCCCCUGGGGGGGACCAGUACCAUCGAGGGUAUGCCUCUGUUCGUGGACAAGGACGAUGGUAUGACGUCGGUGGCAGCCUAUGAAUACCGCGGCCACACUGUGGCCUUCGCCGGCACACGCAGCGGACGUAUUAAGAAGAUCCUGGUGAACUCUGUCAACCAACCUGCCAUACUGUAUGAGAACGUGACGGUGAGCGAGGGGAGUCCCAUCCACAGAGACCUGCUCUUCAGCCCAGACCACCAGCACAUCUAUGCCCUCACAGACAAACAGGUGAGCCGUGUUCCAGUGGAGAGCUGUGAGCAGUACUCCUCCUGCAGCGGCUGCCUGGGGUCAGGAGAUCCCCACUGUGGCUGGUGUGUCCUCCACAAUGUGUGUUCCAGGAAGGAUCGUUGUGAGAGGGCUGAUGAGCCUCAGCGUUUUGCCUCCCGAGUGGAGCAGUGUGUCAAACUCAGUGUCCAGCCUGGAAACAUCUCUGUCACCAUGUCUGAAGUGCAGCUGGUGCUGCAGGCCCAGAAUGUGCCUAACCUUUCGGCAGGGGUCAACUGCUCCUUUGAGGACUACACUGAGACAGAGGGACGCAUCUUUGGGGGACGCAUUUACUGCCUGUCCCCUUCCACACGAGAGGUCGCCCCCAUCACACGCAACCAGGGGGACAAGCGCACUGUGAAGCUGUAUCUGAAGUCUAAGGAGACAGGAAAGAAGUUUGCCAGUGUAGACUUUGUGUUCUACAACUGCAGUGUGCACCAAUCGUGUCUGUCAUGUGUCAAUGGCUCGUUCCCCUGCCACUGGUGUAAAUACCGCCACAUGUGCACUCAGAACGCCAACGACUGCUCCUUCCAGGAGGGACGGGUGAACGUGUCAGAGGAGUGUCCCCAGAUCCUGCCAUCCACCCAGAUCUACAUCCCAGUGGGGGUGAUGAAGCCCAUCACCCUGCUGGCUAAGAACCUGCCUCAGCCCCAGUCUGGACAGAGGAACUACGAGUGUAUCUUCCACAUCCAGGGAGCCACCUACAGCGUCACCGCCCUGCGCUUCAACAGCACCAGCAUCCAGUGUCAGAAGACCUCGUACGACUAUGAGGGUAAUGAAAUCAGUGACCUGCCUGUGGAUCUCUCUGUGGUGUGGAAUGGCAACCAAGUCAUUGACAACCCCUUCAACAUACAAGCCCACCUGUAUAAGUGUUAUGCGCUGCGGGACAGCUGUGGGAUGUGUCUGAAGGCUGACCCCAGGUUCGAGUGUGGCUGGUGUGUUCAGGAGAAGAAGUGUUCUCUGAGACAGGAGUGUGCGCCACUGGAGAGUAGCUGGAUGCACGCCACCGCCGGCAACAGCCGCUGUACACACCCAAAGAUCACCAAGCUGUUUCCGGAGACAGGGCCGAGACAGGGGGGCACCAGACUGACCAUCACGGGGGAGAACCUGGGCCUACAGUUCAGGGACAUCCAGACAGGAGUGCGUCUGGGCAAGGUGCCCUGUAUCCCCAUCGAAGAGGAGUACAUCAGCUCGGAGAGAAUUGUGUGUUUGCUGAAUGACGCCACAGGCUACCGGGUGCAGGAGGCUAACGUGGAGGUGUGUGUGAGGGACUGCCUGGCAGACUACAGGGCCCUCUCACCCCGAGCAUUUACCUUCGUGACUCCCUUCUUCACGCGGGUGCUGCCUGCCCAGGGCCCUCUCUCAGGGGGCACCAGGAUCACCAUCGAGGGCAACCACCUCAACGCCGGCAGCUCUGUGUCUGUCAACAUCGGACGCCACCUCUGCCACUUCAAAAAGAGGAAUUCCCGGGAGAUAGUGUGUGUGACCCCAGCAGGGUUGACCCCAGGCAGCACACCAGUCAUGGUGGACAUUGACUCUGCAGAGCUGAGGAACCCAGAGGUCAAAUACAACUACACUGACGACCCCACCGUCCUGAGGAUCGAACCCGACUGGAGUAUCGCUAGUGGUGGAACCCUGUUGACCAUCAGCGGUACUAACCUAGCCACCAUCAGAGAGCCCAAGAUCAGAGCUAAGUAUGGCUCUGCCGAGUCUUUCCAUAACUGCACAGUGUUUAAUAACUCUGUGAUGGUGUGCCUGGCCCCGUCGGUUUCCGACUCCGAGAGGGGCUUCUCAGACACGGGCAGUGGGCCGGAUGAGAUCGGCUUCUACAUGGACAACGUCCACGCUCUGAUGGUGGUCAACGAGACGUUCAGCUACUACCCCGACCCCGUGUUCGAACUCCUCAGCCCCACCGGGGUCCUGGAGCUAAAACCCACCUCACCUCUAAUCCUCAAGGGUCGUAACCUUAUCCCUGCGGCCCCUGGUAACUCCAGGUUGAACUACACAGUGUUCAUCGGGGAGACCCCCUGUGUGCUAACCCUCUCUGAAACCCAGCUGCUGUGUGAAUGGCCCAACCUCACAGGACAGCACAAAGUCACGGUCCGGGUGGGUGGGUUCGAGUACUCCCCUGGUACUCUCCAGAUCUACUCAGAUAGCCUGCUGACCCUGCCCGCCAUCAUCGGCAUCGGGGGAGGUGGUGGUCUGUUGCUAUUGGUCAUCAUCGCUGUGCUCAUCGCCUACAAGAGGAAGUCUCGCGAUGCUGACCGCACCCUGAAACGCCUGCAGCUGCAGAUGGACAACCUGGAGUCCAGAGUGGCCCUUGAAUGUAAAGAAGCCUUUGCAGAGCUGCAGACAGACAUCCAUGAGUUGACCCAGGAGCUGGACGGAGCUGGCAUCCCCUUCCUGGAGUACAGGACCUACGCCAUGCGGGUCCUGUUCCCUGGCAUCGAGGACCACCCCGUGCUCAAGGAGAUGGAGGUACGGGUCAAGGAGGUCCAGGCCAACCAGGAGAAGGCCCUGACUCUGUUUGGCCAGCUCCUCACCAAGAAGCACUUCCUGUUGACUUUCAUCCGCACCCUGGAGGCGCAGCGCUCCUUCUCCAUGCGUGACCGUGGCAACGUGGCGUCGCUCAUCAUGACUGCGCUGCAGGGGGAGAUGGAGUACGCCACGGGGGUCCUUAAACAGCUGCUCUCUGACCUCAUCGACAAGAACCUAGAGAGCAAGAACCACCCCAAGCUGCUGCUGCGCCGAACGGAAUCUGUCGCUGAGAAGAUGUUGACCAACUGGUUCACAUUCCUCUUGUACAAGUUCCUAAAGGAGUGUGCGGGCGAGCCUCUCUUCAUGCUGUACUGUGCCAUGAAGCAGCAGAUGGAGAAGGGGCCUAUAGACUCCAUCACAGGAGAGGCGCGCUACUCCCUCAGUGAGGACAAGCUCAUCAGACAGCAGAUUGACUACAAGACCCUGACACUUCACUGUGUGAACCCGGAGAACGAGAACGCCCCCGAGGUGACGGUGAAGGGGCUGAACUGUGACACCAUCACCCAGGUGAAGGAGAAGCUGCUGGAUGCAGUGUACAAGGGCAGCCCCUACUCCCAGAGACCCAAGGCUGGGGACAUGGACCUGGAGUGGCGUCAGGGCAGGAUGGCCAGAAUCAUCCUUCAGGAUGAGGAUGUCACAACAAAGAUAGACAAUGACUGGAAACACCUCAACACACUGGCCCACUAUCAGGUGACGGACGGCUCAGUGAUCGCUCUGGUGCCAAAGCAGAACUCAGCCUACAACAUAUCCAACUCCUCUACCUUCACCAAGUCUCUCAGCAGAUAUGAGAGCAUGUUGCGGACAGCCAGCAGUCCAGACAGUCUGCGCUCCCGCACCCCCAUGAUCACCCCUGACCUGGAGAGUGGCACCAAGCUGUGGCACCUGGUCAAGAACCACGACCACUCUGACCAGCGCGAGGGCGACCGGGGCAGCAAGAUGGUCUCUGAGAUCUAUCUGACCCGUCUGCUCGCCACCAAGGGUACCUUACAGAAGUUUGUGGACGACCUGUUUGAGACCAUCUUCAGCACGGCCCACCGCGGCAGCGCCCUGCCUCUCGCCAUCAAGUACAUGUUUGACUUCCUGGACGAGCAGGCCGACAAACACUCCAUAUCAGACUCAGACGUACGGCACACCUGGAAGAGUAACUGUCUGCCUCUGCGGUUCUGGGUGAACGUGAUCAAGAACCCCCAGUUUGUGUUUGACAUCCAUAAGAACAGCAUCACAGAUGCUUGUCUGUCUGUGGUGGCCCAGACCUUCAUGGACUCUUGCUCCACAUCAGAACACAAGCUGGGCAAAGACUCGCCCUCUAACAAGCUGCUCUACGCAAAGGAUAUCCCCAACUACAAGAACUGGGUGGAGAGGUACUACUCCGACAUCUCCCGUAUGCCGGCCAUCAGUGACCAGGACAUGAGUGCCUACCUGGCUGAACAGUCCCGGCUGCACCUCAGCCAGUUCAACAGCAUGAGUGCCCUGCAUGAGAUCUACUCCUAUAUCAUCAAGUACAAAGAUGAGAUCCUGUCUUCGCUGCAGAAGGAUGAGCAGUCUCGCAGGCAGAGACUGCGCAGUAAGCUGGAGCAGGUCAUCGACACCAUGGCCCUGGCCAGCUGAGGAACGGCCCGCCACUGAGGGGCGGAGAGGGUUGCAGCAAGGCCUUCUCUCACUGACGCCAGCCCCUGACCCCCAACACAACGCAUUAGGACUGCAAGGACACAAGCAGUACACUGGAGACACACCAGAGUUAGGCCUGGGCUCCGGCCCAUCCAAACAACCCUUCAUUUAUAAACACGUAACGUCUGUCGCCCCGAGAAAGUGUCUUAUCAUAACGGUCUUCAUCACUGGUUUCAGUUUUUCUUCCGUGUUGAUCCAUCUACCCACAGCUGGGACUGUGAAGCAGCUGGCUAAAGAGGCCAGGAGAUAUAUAUAUAUAUAUCUCCUGUGGGGGGGGGCUAUGGAGAAAGGACUUCAUGUAUAUAGCUCCCCUCUCAAUGGAAGCUUCUGACGUGCCAGCGACUUCAUCUACUUUCAUGGACUUCAUUUUGAUUUUCAGAUCCUUUUUUUUGUUGUUGUGUGAUUUAGCUUUAGAUUUUGUGUUUUUAUCAACUACCUACUCUCUCCAGUGGUGUGUUUUUAUCAACUACCUACUCUCUCCAGUGGUGUGUUUUUAUCAACUACCCACUCUCUCCAGUGGUGUGUUUUUAUCAACUACCCACUCUCUCCAGUGGUGUGUUUUUAUCAACUACCCACUCUCUCCAGUGGUGUGUUUUUAUCAACUACCUACUCUCUCCAGUGGUGUGUUUUUAUCAACUACCCACUCUCUCCAGUGGUGUGUUUUUAUCAACUACCCACUCUCUCCAGUGGUGUGUUUUUAUCAACUACCUACUCUCUCCAGUGGUGUGUUUUUAUCAACUACCUACUCUCUCCAGUGGUGUGUUUUUAUCAACUACCUACUCUCUCCAGUGGUGUGUUUUUAUCAACUACCUACUCUCUCCAGUGGUGUGUUUUUAUCAACUACCCACUCUCUCCAGUGGUGUGUUUUUAUCAACUACCUACUCUCUCCAGUGGUGUGUUUUUAUCAACUACCCACUCUCUCCAGUGGUGUGUUUUUAUCAACUACCCACUCUCUCCAGUGGUGUGUUUUUAUCAACUACCCACUCUCUCCAGUGGUGUGUUUUUAUCAACUACCUACUCUCUCCAGUGGUGUGUUUUUAUCAACUACCUACUCUCUCCAGUGGUGUGUUUUUAUCAACUACCCACUCUCUCCAGUGGUGUGUUUUUAUCAACUACCUACUCUCUCCAGUGGUGUGUUUUUAUCAACUACCCACUCUCUCCAGUGGUGUGUUUUUAUCAACUACCUACUCUCUCCAGUGGUGUGUUUUUAUCAACUACCCACUCUCUCCAGUGGUGUGUUUUUAUCAACUACCCACUCUCUCCAGUGGUGUGUUUUUAUCAACUACCCACUCUCUCCAGUGGUGUGUUUUUAUCAACUACCUACUCUCUCCAGUGGUGUGUUUUUAUCAACUACCCACUCUCUCCAGUGGUGUGUUUUUAUCAACUACCUACUCUCUCCAGUGGUGUGCCACUUGUGUUACUGCUGAAUUUGCACAAUUUACAAAAAAGCUAAAUCAAAAGAAGAGGAUAUAUAAAUAUAUAUAGAUAUAUAAAUACAACUUCAUUUUUAAAGAAACAAAUGAAAAUAGUCAAAGUUUUCCAUUUUAAUGUACAGAAUACUUUGAAAGAAAAGGAUUUGUUAUUUCAAAGAGUGAACUAUGAAAACAAGAGGAAACCUUGUCCUGUGCCAUGUUUUAUUUCAAUGUUGUUUAGUGCAAAGACGUUUUCUUUAGAUCAAAUGUGCUAUGAUUAAAAUGUUGUCAUGCCUCGUGACUGAACAGUAAAAAAAAAAAGUUAAAUGACAAAAAAAAAUAGAAGAAAAUCAACAAAUCGUAAAGUUUUGGGGCCUUUCCUGUCUUGGGAGAACAUAUGUUUUAAUAGUCCUGGAAAUACCGUAGCUGUUUGGUGUUCCGGUAUUUAACACAACCACAGUGCUAUUGUGGCUUUUAGAAAGACCAAAGGCUCGGUUUUGUAUACCACUCUGGGGAAUGAAAACAGCCUUCUGUGUUAGCCACCUGGAUGAGCAGCCCUCUUGGUUGCUCCCAUGACCAUGCACACCUCUGUGCACAGGCUCCAGACCACAGUGAAGUAGAUAACUUUAGUUCUGGGACCUCAAGGUUUUUUGGAAGGCAAAUAUCAUGGCUUACAGUACAGUGAUGUUGUGGGCUUUGCUGUACAACAGAAGUCAGACACCACAGAAGGAUUCAUUGGACUUUAGCACCACGCUAAAUGUAGCAAAGGUUUAAUUCACCCACUACCCUUUUAAAGGCUUCAUGAAGUUCCACCUGCUAUCUCUCCUCAGGUUCCUCAGAUACUGUAGAUCACUGUGUUAGAGUUACAGUCUUACAGACUGUCAUGGUAGACACUGAGGAAGAGGUUUGCAGACAAAGAUGAGAGAAGUUCAUAGGUAAAGCUUUGAGCGAGCGAAGGGUAAUCCCUCAUGAUUUGAACCCCACAUGAGAGCAAGUACUGUCACUCUAGUGACUUCAACAUUCAACAGUUCUAUUUUAGUGUAAUUAAAUAGAUGGUUUCUUUGUUAUUGUUGAUCUGUUGAAGUGGUGAAAGUUGUAUGAGUUUGUGUGUUUGUACUCUGCAGCAACCAAACAAUGGUUAGUGCUAGCAGAGUAGAUCUCCCAGGGUUUCCCUUACGUUCCGUAACAGCAUCUGUGACGAGCGUCAUCCGACCGGAAAAAGAGGACUUUUAAAGCGCCAAGGAAGGUGCACAUUCAGUGUUGUCUUUCCUUUGUUUUUCAGUCUGCUGUGAAGAUGGAAAAAAAAACAGUGAAAAAUAUGUUGAAAUGCAAACACCUGUGAUGUGUGACAAGAUGAUGAGAUGUAGCUCAGUCUUUGUGAGUGUUUUUAACUGGGCGAAGGUUUUUUGUUUCCUCAGAAAUCUGAUACUUUUGUGAAAUGCAUCGUCUCCCUUUAACAUGUUACACCGAUUCCCUUUCGGUCAUGUACAAAAACAAGAAGCUUCAUUCCUUUCCCUUGUCCUCUGAGAGUAGAGAUACAGUAUGGCUGGCUAGAAGAAAGACACAGAUACAUUUCUGAGAAACUUCUGAAAUAUUUAGGUCAGUUCUCCAGUGAGAGCCGUGUGGAUCACACAGACUACAGAUGUGAUAUGUAACCUUCCAUCCCAUCCAUCUAUCCGAGAUCAGGAUUCAACCAAUGUGGUGGGAUUUAAUGAAAAUGAAAAGUCUCUCCUAAAUGUAUUUACUUAAAAUGUUUUGUUUAAUGUGAUAUUCAAAUUCCUCCUAAUCAGUUAGGAGUAGGACUUCUUAACACAUCCUAUAUUUGAUUAGACAUUUACAUUUUCUGAAAAUAUAUGGAUAUUUAGUAUUCAUGUUUCACCUCAGUGUCCUGCAGGGCUGUUACUCUCAUCUUCCUCCUCUCUUGGUCAUCCUCCAAUACGGACAACCUCUCCUUUCCUUUCCAGCUCAGGCCAGCUCAGGCCUGUCCUAGUGUUGGCAACUCAAUGAAGUUCAAUACCGCACCCUACAGCCAAUCCCUCCCUCCCCACCCGACCAAACACAUAGGGCUGGAAUCGCUGUAUGUACUGUACUUGAUAUCGGAGAGCAGGGCAUACAGACUAGUUUAUGAAAUUCUUAACUUAAACAGAGUUAUAUGCUGGUUACUGUUUUUUUCCAAACCAGAGAAGGUAGUGGAGGAUCGGCAUUGACUUGACCACUUUUCUGUUCAUUCACCCUAUUUGGGAUGGUUUGAGAUAUUUUUAAACUGCUACUAUGUUCUUCUGUUAAGCAUCUUUUAUUCCCUGAUUGAGCACAUUUGUUUAGUGGAUGGAAAAUGUUGCUGUGUGCUGCCUCCCUCCCGCCACACACACUAGGCUUUGAUGACUGUGAUUGUAAAACAGCUGGUUGCAUUUUAAAGUCUCAGGAUGGUUCUCCUGCUUUGAUGUCGUUUGGCUCUUCUGUUAUUUAAGUGAGAGGUUUCUGAUGAUGAUGAUGAUUAGGAUCUUGGGGGGGAUUAUGGAUACGUGUAGUAAACUUACUCUAUGGAGUAUAUCAACAGUUAUAUUGUAUGUACUGGGGCAGUUGGUCUCAUGUUUUCUUUUUAUUUUAUGUUAUUUUAUUUUACUAUGCUACUUGUUGUGUGAAGAUGACAAGAAAGAGGCUUCGCUACAGAACUCCUUUGAAGAAAACCGUACUUAUUUUGUCUCGUCUCCCUGCCGUAGUGAGUUGGGUGGAAGAUGGAGAGGAAAGCCAGAGGGAGAGAUCCAGAUGCUGUUUGAUGAACACAGAGCUUUCACUUUGCACAUAGUGCCUUGUCAGCUCCCCCUCCCCUUCCCACAACCCUCUACGACCCCUCCAUUACCCACAAUCCACCACCUUACCAUGCCCACUCAAAACACUGUCACAGGUUCCCCACUCUGCCGCCACACCAGUGAACAACUUCUAUCCUUGUCCUCCUGAUUCCCUCUUUUGGUUUGUUUUAAUUAUGGCGUAUUGGAAAGCAGUUCCUUUUUUCAAAGUACAUUUAAAAAGGCUUAGGAGCAUACAUUAAAAUAUGUAGACACAAA